AUGGCGCCAGCUCCCAUCGAUCCCAGCAUCACGGAAUUUGUCGUCCCGAAAAAGGACACAUUGGGACUGCCAGAGCCGGCGUACAAAAGGCUUGUGAAGGCGGGCAUCAAUCUUUCGGACGGAUACCCGUACCGCCCAAAUCGGCCGUUGUACCUCCAGGACGUGUACAACAUCCGAGACAAAGAGCGCAAGCAUGUCGACGCAGGUGCUCGAGCCGACAAGUCGAAGAGCGCCCUACUUUCCGCCGCGACCAGGGUCACCGACCUGACGGCUUAUAUUGGUACUGAGAUCGAGGGGCUUCAGCUCAAAGACCUCACCGACCAGCAAAAGGAUGAAUUGGCACUGUUGAUUGCCGAGCGCAGCGUCGUUUUCUUCCGAGAUCAAGACAUCUCGCCUCAGCAGCAGAAGUCGCUUGGAGAAUACUAUGGCGAGGUUGAGAUCCAUCCUCAAGUCCCUCAAGUCCCCGGCGUGCCUGGUGUCACGGUGAUCUGGCCAGCUCUGCAAGCCCAAGAGCACCCGGCCAGCUUCCGCCGCCCCGGAGGUGCUUCACGAUGGCAUACCGACUUGGUCCAUGAACGUCAGCCUGCGGGCAUCACCCACCUCCACAACGACACGGUGCCACCCGUCGGAGGAGACACGCUCUGGGCUAGCGGCUACGCGUCGUACGAGAAGCUGUCGCCGGACUUUCGAAAAUUGAUCGAUGGCAAAUACGCAGUGUACCGGUCUGCGCAUCCUUAUCUGGAUCGCGAAAACCCAACCGCCGGGCCCAAAUAUAUCGAAAGAACUCACCCGUUGGUCCGCGUGCACCCGGCGACCGGCUGGAAGGCUCUUUGGGUCAACAGAGCAAUGACUGAUCGCAUUGUCGGGCUCGAUAAGGCAGAGAGUGACCUCAUUCUGGGGUAUCUGUAUGACGUGUAUGAAAAGAAUGUCGAUAUCCAGGUUCGAUUCAAGUGGACUCCAGGCACAAGCGCUCUCUGGGAUAACAGAAUCACGAUCCACAACGCCUCCUGGGACUAUGCUGGCAAUUAUCCACGACACGGCACACGCGUCACUUCCCUGGCAGAAAAGCCCUUCUUUGACCCCAGUGCGCCCACGAGACGAGAGGCUUUGGGACUGUUGGGACCGGAUGAGAAGCAGGUUGAUGGCUUUCUGGUAGAGGCAUAG